AUGUUGUAUAGUAUAGCAAGUGAUCGUAUAUUUAAAGAAGGACAACGAAUUGCACCAAAACAUCUGAUCAAUUAUUCUUCAUUUGCAAUUCCAUCAGCAACACCAGCUGUAUCAACUGCUAACACGUAUUGUACUCUUACAGAAUUCAAACUAGAAGAAGGUAAUAAUUUUAGAUUAAUCGUAAAAUCAGGUACCAAUGGUGUCCAAGCAUCGAUUGAAUGCCUAUGUAAAACAAUUAUUACAUUAGGAAAACUCCAUAAUAAAUUAAUACCAUCUAAUUUUUAUCGUCAUUUAAAAUCACCUGGCUGUAAAUAUGUAAAUCGUUUGUUGAAGGAACAGAAACUUGAAGAAACGAAUAGAAAUAAUUCUUAUUCAACAUCAUCAAGUCAACUUAUUGACAAUAAUUCACAAUCGAUCACAGCUGUUGUUCCUAAUCGUAAACGUACACUUGGAUCGACACACAAAAUCAACAGUCAAAAAAAACAAAAGAAUUGA